AAGCAAGAAAAUGUUAAGAAGAAGAGAGAGGAAGUUCAGAAGAGUGAAAUUAAGGAGAAAAAAAGAAAAAGAAGAGAUAAUGUUGAUGAUUUCUUUGAUCUAGACAAUGUUGUGGAUCUAAAUUAUGAUCGAAAAAGAAGUAAAAAAAUCAGAUUAAAUAGGGAAGAGUGAUCUUAUAAAGAAGGGAAAAAAAAAAGUUAAGAUGACGGGAUUUGAAGAACAAGGUGAAGUUGUGUUUAAUUAAAAGAAGAGUGUGUUUAAUGCGUGGUCCACAUAGGAUAGGUGGAUUAGGGUCUAUGUAAGAAUUUGUAUACACACGUAAUAAAGAUUUAAUUCGAAUCAGCCAACAUAUAAUUUCAGCCCAACUUUGUUGAUGAAUCCAUUACUUGAGAUGGACAUGUUAUAUAGGCCCAAUGUUACUACAUUCUCUCUCAAUUGACUAAAAUGAAAUAGUUCUACUUCACAAACUGACCGAAAACCCCUAAACCCUAACUAAAUUAAACCCAAUUUCCCCAAUUUCCCCAAUUUCUGCCGAUUCGAAAAUCUGGGGAAAAAUGGCGUCGAUUUCAUUGAAAGGGAAGACGAAGAACAUAGCAAACAGAUCAAAGAGAUACGUUGAAGAAGCUUUAUAUCGUAGACUGUUUAAAGAUGGCGGAGAUGAAGUUAGUGUUCGUCAUCAAUUGAAUGAGUUCCUCAAAAGUCGUAAGAAAGUUUACAAAUGGGAAGUUGGUGAUACCAUUAAGAAGCUUCGACAACGCAGGCAUUAUUAUGCUGCUCUUAAGCUUUCAGACACUAUGGCUAGUAGGGGCAUGAACAUGACAUUAAGUGACCAAGCUAUCCACCUUGAUCUUAUUGCCAAGACUCACGGCAUUAUUGCCGCUGAGAAUUAUUUUGUUGAUCUUCCUGAAUCAUCAAAAUACAUAGAGUGUUAUGGUGCCCUUCUUAAUUGCUACUGCAAGGAUUUGAACUCUGAUAAAGCUGAAGCACUUAUGGAGAAGAUGAAGGAACUUGGUCUGCCUAUUACAGCCAUGUCUUACAACAGCCUGAUGAGUAUGUACACAAAAAAUGGUCAGCCUGAAAGAGUACCUGCUCUGGCACAAGAAAUGAAGGCCUCUAAUAUUAUGCUACAAGUAUACACGUAUAAUGUCUGGAUGAGAGCUUUAGCAGCUUCCAAUGACAUUGAUGGAGUUGAGAGAGUUUUGGAUGAGAUGAAGCGGGAUGGACGAGUGGCCGAAGAUUGGACAACAUACAGCAAUCUAGCAUCAAUUUAUGUUGAUGCUGGGAUGUCGGACAAGGCUGAGAAUGCUCUUAAGGAGCUUGAGAAGCGGAACACUUCAAAAGCACUCUCACCAUACCAAUUUCUCAUUACUCUAUAUGGUAGAACUGGGAAUUUGGUUGAGGUUUAUCGUGUUUGGCGCUCUUUAAGGCUUGCCUUUUCUCAAACUCCAAAUAUUGCUUACUUGAAUAUGAUUCAGGUUUUGGUCAACUUGAAAGAUAUACCAGGUGCUGAGAAAUGCUUUAAGGAAUGGGAAUCUGGCUGUACACUUUAUGAUAUUCGUAUAGCAAAUGCACUCAUUGGAGCUUACGCCAAAGAUGGUUUGUUAGAAAAGGCUCAAAAGCUCAAAGAGUGUGCUGGAAGUAGAGGGGCUAAACCUAAUGCUAAAACGUGGGAGAUCUUUCUGGAUUAUCAUUUGAAGAAAGGGGAAACUAAGCCAUCGGUUGAUUGUAUUGAAAAUGCAAUAAGCAAUGGAAGGGGAGAUGGGACUAAGUGGGUUCCACCUGUAGAAAUUAUCAAUGCAAUGAUGCAGCUCUUUGAACAAAAUAAGGAUGUUGAUGGGGCUGAAAGUUUUCUGGAGCUUGUGAGAAAUGCUGUGGAUAACUUGGGGGCAGAAGCAUAUGAAUCAUUGAUAAGAACAUAUGCAGCCGCUGGAAAGACUAGUCCUUCUCUGCAUCGCCGAUUGAAGAUGGAAAAUGUAGAGGUGAAUGAGGCAAGUAAGAAGUUGCUUGAGGCAGUUAUCGUUGAAUGAGUCUCCCUUUUUUCACCUGUAAUUCUUGCUCUUACAAAUUUUGGCUAGUUGAUAGCUAUUAUGCCAACUGUUGUUUCAAUAAUGGAUAUGGCCUGUUUUUGUGGCUAAUUCUCUCUUGGAUGUGUUUGCGCAAAAUCGUUGUUCCCAAAUUUGUUUAUCAGCAGUUCAGCAGGUAUAUUCUUUACAUUUUGUUGUUGGCUCUGCAGUCCGCAUCAUGUGAGAUGAAUGGAAUUUUGUGUCCUUUCUUAGCAUGUAUGCUGAUGGCUGAACUCUCUGGUUCGCUGAUUGACAUUGAUGAUACUUGCAACUUAGUAUGUCUAAGAAUAUUUUAUGUAACUGUAUUUUUAGGUCCUGGGAUUUUGUGAGUGAAUUUUUGGUGAUUCAUUUUCCGACAUAUUGUUGAAAUAAAGUUAUCCAUAUGCAUUUUAGUCA